UCGCAUCCGGGAGGCUGUGCUUCCUGAAAGACAGCUAUAAAGUUUGGGGAGAUGUUUGGCUGCAACAGACAGCUCUCCAUCGUGGUAACAGCUCAGUCAGAAGAGUCGUUCCCUUCAUCUUUCGUCUAUUACAGGGGGCAACAAUUAAGACAACAUGUUACCUAGGAUCGUCUUCACCUGUGUGGUCGCUGUCGUCGGCGUCACAAGCAUCGCGGCACAGACGUCUGGUCCGGUGAACGUCUCGUCGACUGUCGAUGUUAAAGAGCAAUCUCAAACACUGGUCACUAUGGUUCGAGGAUUAGUGACGGGGGCGAAGGAAGGGACACCCCUCGCUCGUCUUCGGCAGAAUGUCCUUGACCUGCAGAACUAUACCUCAGACCUGCUCGUGCAACUGCCAGGUAAAGUUUCAGAGUGCCACACUCAAGCCGUCAUCAAGAUGGCAGCAGCGGCUAUCGGAAGUCACGAGGUGUUGAAUGCCAUGUUGGCCAACGAACCUUUGGGUAUACUCAGCGCCCGUAUCGACUUGUGUCUUGCUAUGAUGAGUCAAGUUGCUCAGCAGCUGGAAGGUGAACUGACGCUGUCAUCUGAUGUGAGUGCCCACCUGGCCGCCAUCCUUUUCGCUACCAACACCACAAUCAACGUAAUCGAAACUGCCGACAAAGCUUUAAUGGAGAUAAUUUUGCCGCCUCAUAAUGACAGACUCCCAGCCCCUCGCGUGCGACGACAGCUCCCACCACUCGGAGGUCAAGGUUUCAGCUUUGGCAAGCUUUCGCUCCCUCCUUUCUAUCCCUCAUAUCCCUUAAAAAGCAAUUUACCUUUCACAUUCAAUCCCCUGAAUUUCGGCAAGUUGCCAACCAACCAACCGUUCAAGACCUCGGUGAAUCUAGGCAAAGGCUUUAGCUUGGGGUUUCCUGAUGGUUUAAUCUGGAAAAGCCCAAAAGGCAACACACUGAUCAACCUAAAACCCACGUUCGAUGGGCUGUUACCUAACGGUGUUGAACUUAAGCUCAACUUAAAUUUAUGAAAAAAAUAUUAAGCUACUGCGCAGCGAUUCACUUUUAAUAAAAGAAAUUACUCGUGUCCUGAAGUAUAAAGGUGUUAAAUGUACAGAAAUUGGUACUUUUCACUAACGGAUAAACAGUAAAUGUCAUAAAGAAGACAGAAAAGUAAAAUAGUUUCAUCAUCGUUGUUGUGGCGGGAUUCCCUUUACGUUUUUUUCUGUUUCUUAGUUUUCUGCUAAUUUUUGAGGGGUGCUGUUCGUCAGUACUGUCCACGAUCACUUCUUUAACUGCCUUUUUCGUCUGCACCAUUGUUCUGUUCUCUGCAGGAUUGUCUUUUUGCAUGUCAUUAUGAUCUUGAGAUGUGACAGUGUCAUCUAAUGUUGCAUCUUUCCACGGUGGUCAUCAGGUUUUCUAAAAUGACAAAAUACGAAGCAUACAUAGCUAAACUUUCUAAUGUUCACCUGAUAAUUGAUAUCAGUGUAUUGCUGCAAGUGAACCACUCAUGUCCAAUCUGUAAGUAGUCAUUAAAUCCGCUGUUUUUUGACCAACUGAAUUUCCUUGAAUUUUAACGUUUUUGAAUCCAACUGUGUAUGUUAGAUCUUACUGCUUGUGAUUUUUUGACUUGUAUCUGAGAUUUAUAGUCAAUCAGGACACUAUUAAAUAAUUAAAAUUCA